AUGGCUACGGCAAACCCCACACAUACGCGGUCGCACAGUUUGCUGUUGCUGCAGAAGCUGCUUAAUCUGAGAGAUGGCGCCAGCCCUCUCACGCUGCUCCUGGACAACCUCGAGCAACGAGCUACACCAGUCGUCUCGGAAAUCAUCACAAGAGCAAAGCUGUCAAAGACCAAGGUCAUCUUCCUCUCCUUCGCCACCAUCACAAAGCCGCGUGGCGUAGAUGUCAUGGUAAAGGCCACUGGGAAAGAUCCCAAUGCCAUCAGAAAAGAAAUCUUGUCUCAUUACCCACCCACGGAUACAACACCCGCCGCCGCGCGCGACCGCAGCAUCUCACCUCCCACUAACAAUGCGCCCAUUCCCAAAGGCGCCGUCGUCAUCAUUGACUCCCUCAACACGCUCUGCUCCGCCAUCCCGCAAUCCCUCGCGGGCUUCCUCUCCGGCCUCCUCACGCCCGCUGCCUCCAUCGUCGCCGUGUACCACCUCGACGCGCCGCUGCUCCUGGCCCGGACGCACAGCGAGUACGAGCCGCAGCCGCUGACGCUCCUCUGCCACCUGGCCACGGCCAUUCUGCGGCUGUCGAGCCUGCCGCAGGAGGUGGCGCGCCAGCGCGCGCGCGACAAGGCGCUCGUGGAGCCGGAAUGGGGCCUCGACGAGGGGCGCGAGGGCGUGCUCAUCGGGCUGGCCUCCAAGGCGGCGACGGCGGCCGAGGCCGAGGAGAGGCGCGGUGUGGUUGUUGCCAUGGAGCUGCGGAGGAGGAGCGGGCGUACGGUCACGGAGACGUUUGUGCUGGUGCGGCCGGAGAGCGCGGCCGGAGGAGGCGGCACGGGGCGGUUGCUGCUGCGCAGUGAUCACCCGGUGUUUGCGAAGCCGGGGGCGGCAGAGGAGCAGGAGGAGGAGGGACCGGAGAGUACGUUUGAUAUGGGCUUGACGGAGAAGCAGAGAAAGGACCGUGAGGGCAUUGUGCUGCCGUACUUUGAUGCGCAGACGGAGGUGGGCGGUGGUGACGGAGGUAGGAUUUUGUACGAGAUGGGUCGGGAGGAUGAUUUCGAUGAGGAAGAGGACGAGAUUUAG